AGCGGGCUCAGGCGGGCAGUCCCGGGACGCGGGAUGCUCUGCGCGUUUCCUCGCGGCCUCUGAGGCCACCAGCCCGCCGCCCGCCGCCCGCCGCCCGCCUCGCUCGCCCCAGCUCUGGCCGCUGCGCCCGCCGGUCCCGAGAGCAAUGAAGACACCGUAGGAAUCAAUCUUAACUGGUUUCAGCAAAAGCAGGGGAUCUGAGCUUGGCGUGAUGCCAUUAGCCACUGAAAAUAUUCACUACUUCUCCCUACCCUCUAGCUGAUGCAUUUGGAAGUUUUCUGUAAAUGUUUAUGUCUGAAUGCUAUAUAGAAGUGUUUUUAAAUGUGUGUAAAAUAGACGUAAGUUUUUAUUUUCUCAAAAUGGUUCUCAAGCCAAACAUUGUAAAAGUAGACAGUCUUGGUAUUGGGAACAACAUGUUGGAAGACAAUAAGCAAACAAAGUAAAAAGAGAGAGAGGAAGGAAGGAAUCUUAUUUAAAAAAAAAAAAAAUGUGCUUUUUACCCAGCGUUCCAUUCCAUUGUGGGGUGCUCUCUUAAGGUCUUCAAAUUAGUGAAUGGGCUAGUAAAACUUAAGCAUAUAUUUUCAAAAGCUUAAGAACAUUUUAAAAAUCCUUAUGAUUUUUAGGUAGGCUUAUUUUUCCAUUUCCAUUCAGUUCUAAAUACAGAUUAUCACACUAUUCUGUGUUUUACUCAUCAUUUUUAUAAGAAGGAAAAUGUGUUACAAUCACAACAUCAGUUGCCAUUAGGAGCUUCUUUAAAAAAUGGUUAUCAUGGAAAAUCAAGCAAUUUGGGAGGAGCCCAUUCAACUUUUGGGAGCCAGGGAUCCUUGCUUCUCCUUACUCUGGUUACUUGAGUAUCAGUAAUUCAAAAGGAAGCGUUUUAUUGCCGUAAGUGCCCAAACUUGCCUGGGGGAUACGGUGAUGUUCACCUGCUGUCUUCCACCAUGUUUCCCAGUCCAGGUUCAAGGAAAAGAUUGGGUCAAAUCUAUGCCUAAUUCCAGCAAAGUGGAAUUUUCUUUUUAUGUUGGGGAGGGGAGUGACCCUUAAUCAUCUGCCUAAUUACACUUCAAAUCUCUGCUUCCCUUUGAGGAAGUACAGUGUUUCCUUUGUUCAACCAACUCCUACUGAAAGAAAGCUAAGAGACAAAUCAGUUCCCACCCCCCCCCCCGCCCCGUUGAUUUUUUUUUUAUUAUUUCAACAGGCCUUUUAAUUCCAUUAAUUUCUGUCUUUUCUGAAGAGAUGUACAUAUAUAUUUGGAAUAUAGUAUAUUAUUAAAAUAGACUAACUGUGGAUAAUGGGGAAAUGUAAACAUUAAGAAAAGACCUGGUUGAUUAUGCUUACUAGCCCAUAGUUUAGUAGAUUUCAAUUGAAAAAAAAAUUGACAAGGGCCCUGAAUCUUAUUCUACAGUCUAGUCUAUUUAUAGACUAGUCUAUUUAUAGACAAAGUAAGUGCCCCCUCCCACAAAUCAUUCUGAAGCACAGGCCAGUAAGGUAUUUCCUACCCUCCUAGGUGGUCUGGCAAGACUGCUGCAUGAAAUCAUCUGCCUCCUGAUGCAUUACUGACAGCAACAAGUAUUGGGAAACUGACAGAAGAUGAUAAUUGUUAUUUAUCUGUUUUCUCUUGAGAGUACCCUAAACAAUGGAAGUCAGUGUCACAGGGAGUUCACAUUUAAAUGCAACACUCUGAGUAUCUUUUUAAAAGGCUUGAUAGUUUUGAUAUAGCUCCUAGGCAUUAAGAAAUGAAGCAAUCCAGAUAACAUGCAGGAAAGACAGUGGUUGUAAGUCCAUUUGUAGAAGCGAGCCCGGUCCAUGCAGCACAGUGCAAAAUGAAAAUUUGGCAAAAUUUUAGCAAAUUGAUUGGCGUGAAAUGCCAAACAGAUAAAUAGGUGAAAGUGUAUUAUCCAGACUGGCUCUUAACUUGGAUGAAAUUCAGCACAUAAACUCUCCACUUAAGCACGCGUUACAAAGAUGAGAGACUUGGUGUUUUGCAAAAAUAAGCUUGGUGUUGCACACACCUGAAUGUGCUUAACAGGUGAGCUGUAAUGGAACCAAAGGGACGUACAAGCACAAAUCAUUUCCCCGGGGAAAGUUAAUGUCCUCCCUAUUUUCAGUGGCACCACGAAGUUUGACUUCUCAGAAUGGUUUUGCCAUUUCAUGAUUACUAUUUUGUGAAUCACAUUGAACAGAGGCAUCAUUUUUUGAGAUUCUAAUUUCAGGUGUUUUUGAAAAAAAACAACAACACAAAAAAACACAGUUUGGAUGUGAGAAAGGACAUGAGGAGACCAAAGCCCUGGGAUUUUGCUGAUCAGAAUGAAACAAAUGUUGAAAGACUUUUCAAAUCUACUCUUGGUGGUACUUUGUGACUAUGUUCUUGCAGAAGCUGAGUACCUCCUCUUGGGAAAUCCUGGCCAUGUAGCACUAAGCAACAAUACAGUAUCGGUGGGUUUCCAGUAUGUCAGUGGGGCUAAUGGGACGCUGAGGAAUGUAUCUAUCCUGUUGUUGGAGGCCAACACCAAUCAGACUGUUACCACCAAAUACCUCCUGACCAACCAGUCCCGGGGAACACUGGAGUUCGAAUGCUUCUACUUCAAGGAGGCGGGGGACUACUGGUUCACCAUGACUCCAGAAGCGGCAGACAACAGCACUCCAGUCCACCUGUGGGAGCAAAGUGCCUUUCUCAAGGUGGAAUGGCCUGUCUUUCAUGUUGACCUGAAUAGGACAUCCAGGGCAGCAGAAGGCACCUUCCAGGUGGGCCUUUUUACCAGUCAACCACUGUGCUCAUUCCCUGCGGACCAACCUGACAUCUUGGUGGAUGUCAUCUUUACCAACAGUCUUCCCGAGGCAAGAACGAGUCCAGGACAGCCGCUGGAGAUAAGAACCAGCAAGAGGACACAACUCUCUCAAGGUCAGUGGGUUGAGUUUGGCUGUGCACCCGUCGGGCCGGAAGCCUACGUCACUGUGGUGCUGAAGCUGCUCGGCCAAGACUCGGUCAUUACCUCCACGGGACCCAUUGACCUGGCCCAGAAAUUUGGAUACAAACUGGUGACGGUGCCGGAACUCACGUGUGAGUCGGCAGUGGAGGUGAUGGUGCUGCCUCCUCCGUGCGUCUUCGUCCAGGGAGUGAUCGGGGUCUUCAAGGAGGCCCCCAGACGCCCUGGGGAAGGGACCAUUCGGCUGGCUGAAAACAGCCUGACCUUGGGAGAGAGGAGAACAGUAUUCAACUGCACUUUGUUUGACAUGGGGAGGAAUAAAUACUGCUUUGACUUUGGCGUUUCAAGCAGAAGCCAUGUUUCCACAAAGGAGAGGGAGUGCAUGCUAAUCCAGAGAAACAUAGAAACUUGGGGACUGUGGCAGCCGUGGAGCCAGUGUAGUGCCACGUGUGGGGAUGGUGUCAGAGAGCGACGCCGCGUGUGCCUGACUUCCUUCCCCUCCAGACCUGGCUGCCCUGGAAUGUCCUCGGAGACCUCCCUGUGUUCCCUGGAGGAGUGUGCUGCUUUCCAGCCAUCCAGUGCAUCCCCUCUUCAGCCCCAGGGUCCGGUGAAGUCCAACAACAUCGUGACCGUCACUGGGAUUUCCCUGUGCUUGUUCAUCAUCCUUGCCACCGUCCUCAUCACGCUGUGGCGGAAGUUCGGCCGCACCCCGAAGUGCCGCACGCCGGCUCGACACAACUCCAUCCACUCCCCCAGCUUCCGGAAGAACUCGGACGAGGAGAACAUCUGCGAGCUGAGCGAGCAGCGUGGCAGCUUCUCGGACGGGGGCGACGGGCCCGCGGGGGGCCCGGGGGACGCGGGCAUCCCCCUGACCUACAGGCGCAGUGUGCCCGCGGCUCCCGAGGACGACGCCUCUGGCAGCGAGAGCGUGCAGUCCAACGCCCAGAAGAUCAUCCCCCCGCUGUUCAGCUACCGCCUGGCCCAGCAGCAGCUGAAGGAGAUGAAGAAGAAGGGCCUGACGGAAACCACCAAGGUGUACCACGUGUCUCAGAGUCCCCUGACAGACACGGCCAUCGACGCCGCCGCCGUGCCCCCCUUAGACGUAGAAAGCCCAGACGAAGCCGCGGCAAACAAGUUCCGGAUCAAAUCCCCGUUUCUGGAGCAGCCGGCGGGCGGGGCCGCGGCCAGGCCCCCCUCCAGGCCCGACCACCCGGCGUGUCAGGCCAGUUGCGCUGUCAGCCCCAGCCAGACGGUGAUCCGCAAGUCAGCCACGAGGCACGUGGGCGGCAGAGGGGCGCUGCCGGAGAGGAGCCACCCCAGGGGCUCCCACUUCAGGAGGACCGCUAGUUUUCACGAAGCCAAGCAGGCCCGGCCGUUCCGGGAGAGGAGCAUGUCCACCCUGACUCCACGCCAGGCCCCAGCCUACAGUUCUAGGACGCGGACCUGGGAUCAGGCGGAAGACAGAUUUCGGCCUCACAGUCGAGGCGCCGCCCCGUUUCCCGAGAAACCGGAAGGGGCGGGUGCAACCAGAGGUCCAUUGAGCCCUGCCCCUAAGUCCUACACCCUGGGGCAGCCCGUGAGGAAACCAGACCUGGGGGACAGCCAGGCAAGCUUCGUGGUAGGAGGUGAGAGAACAGAGCCUCACAGAUCUCGGAGGGGACCGUCCCCCAGUCACAGGAGUGUCUCAAGGAAGCAGCCUUCCCCCACUGCCCCCAAAGAUAGCUACCAGAGAGUCAGCCCCCUGAGCCCUUCUCAGGGUAGAAAAGACAAGUGUCAGAGUUUCCCAGCCCACCCUGAGUUUGCCUUCUAUGAUAAUACGUCAUUUGGCCUCACUGAGGCUGAGCAGAGGAUGCUGGACCUCCCGGGCUAUUUUGGGUCAAAUGAAGAGGAUGAAACCACAAGUACUCUCAGUGUGGAGAAGUUAGUCAUCUAGACCCACAUCAGCCUGAGACUUCAUACAGCUGGGGUCCUUUGCCCAGCUCCUGGUAUCAGCUGCUCACAGAGCUCUAUGGACUGUUUUGUAUAGCUGUCUGUACAUUAGGAUUGGGUGGGGAGGGAGUAACUCAAGUGUGUGCAUGUGUUUUAAUUCAUAAGGAAGAAGUUACUUAUCUUGAACGUUUCCCUUUGUUAUCCUAGUUCUAUUGGUUUAUUACUAAUAACCACAAUAAUAAAAUUUAAACGAGAGUGAAA